GCUUCGGCAAAAACAACAACAUUUGUUUUUCACGUUUGUCAUUCAAAGCUCAAGGAGGAUCUAGUUACUUCUGUUAAUUUAGGUGCUGGUUUGACUUUUGUUCUAGGAAAUGCCUAUCGUUUAACUGGAUUUCGUGUUUACUAUUUACUCCCUGAAUAUAAUGAAAUACCAUUUGUGUUUGAAUUCUGCGUAGAAUAUUAUGAUGGCACAUGUAUCUGGGAACAAUACAAAGAUGUUAAUGGAACUAGAAAAAUAUACACAGUUAAAGAAUUAGAAUACAAUUUUGAUUUUGAAGGAUUUGCCUUUGGUCGUUUUGAUCCAGAAAUAGUUGCAAAUAGGAUACGCAUUUUGCGUAAAGUUGCAUCUACCGAAUUGUUUUUUCAUCCUAAAAAGUAUGAAUUGUUUGGCUGUCGUGAUGAUUAUGCCAUUUCAUACUUUCAAUAUAAUGGUUAUGAAAAUGGCUUGAUGACAUUAAAUGGUUUGCCAACUGAAACUUUAAAUGUCUGUGUAGUUUACGAUUUUGAAGAUGGAAAUCUAAAUAAUUGGAUAAAAGUAGGAAAAGCAUUUAAAAACCAACCAACUUUUGGAGAUCCGAAAUUUUUAAGAACAGAUAUGAAGUUUCCUACUGGGUUCCAUGGAAAAUGGUGGAUAUCAAGCUAUGAAAAUAAUCCAUUCUUUGGAGCCGCAACGGGUGUUGGAAGUUUGACAGAUGUCGGUUCUCUUAUAUCUCCUGCUUUUGUCAUUGAUGUACCAAUAGUUACUUUCCUAAUUGGAGGAGAAUAUCAGACAGGUCAAAUCGGUGUGGAAAUAAGAAGAUAUAAUUCGAUUGUUGCGAGCUUUUAUCUUUCUCUCAGUACUCCUUAUAUGAAAGAAAUGACACUGAAUAUUAAUGAAACUCUUCUUGGUUCUUUAUUUAAUCUACAUUUAAUAGAUAAUAGUGCUGAUGGUUAUCUUAUGUUUGAUUACUUCAAUCUUGUAAAAGACAGUUGCAUUUGUGAUUGUUGUGAAAAACUUGGUAUGGAAAAAGGUUCUGGCAGUAAAUAUUUUAUUGAAUCAAAAUCGAUUACUAGUUUCUGUAAUUCUACAAACAACCCUCCUGAUAAUGCAAGAUUUUCUCAAAAAUUAAAUGACUAUACUUCUUUUAGAUGUCUUAGAGAUUGGCUUAGUGAUCGUCCAUGGCUAAGCAUAAAGCUAGUGUAUUUAAGUGUUAUUGAUGGAUGGUCUUCUCAAGGAGUUUUUGCUGCUGCAAAUUGUCUUGUUUCAACUUACCAAGUUAUGUAUGCUACUAAAGAAAGUAUGUGGCGAUAUAUAAAAGCUAGUUCUGGUCAUAAUGUUUGGUACAUGAACAUGUUUAAAGAUGGUUCUCAAAGACAAAAACUCAAUCCAAGGAUUGAGGCUCAACAUAUAAAAUUUAUAUUUAUUAAUGCUGUUGAUAAUCUCAAUUUUUGUUUUCGAGUAGAAAUUUAUGGAUGUUCAAAAUAUAGCUUUGAUUCAAAUGGUCAACCAUUUCUAAAGAAAAACAUUUAUACUAGAAAUGCAAAAAAUGACAAGGACUACCAACUAAAAUUAAUAGAUGUAUCAGAUACACAAACAAAUAUAAAUCUUUCAUGCUUGAACAAGUCUGAAAUAAUAUAUCCAAUACAAAAUCAAUAUGAAUGGUGGGAGAUCAUCUAUAAUACAAAAAUUAAUCUUAACAACCCAUUGAAUACAAUAAAUCUUUCAUUGGAAAAGAAUUUUUAUAAAAGAACACUUCAAUGCUUUGUAACUAUCCCUAAUGCUAAAAGUUAUACAAUAAUAAGGGAGUUUCUGAUUAUCAGUGAAAUAGAAAGACCUUCUCUUGUUCCAUUUGUUACAAUGGAUCCUGGCUUUGAGUAUCGUGGUGGAACACUAGUUAGUGGUAAUCCCUCUGUGUUUUAUACAGAUUCCAUUCAGCAAGCAUUUGUAUCACUUCAUAUUGCUGAUUUAGUGCAUCCGCUAUUAAUUUAUUCUGAGUAUCAGUAUUACUGUCCAUUUCAACAUAAAUACUUUCAUCCAUUUGAAAAUAUUAAACAAUACUAUGGAAUAAAUGAAGACCCAUUGCGUUGUUUUAAUAAAGCCAUUCAAGAUGGACAUCGUUCAUUUUUUUAUGAUGGAAAUCGUUUAUUAGCAGGUAAACAAACCAAUGUAAUGGCAACACUUAAAAAUGGUGUAUAUAAAUGUGUUAAUAUAACUGAAGAGAGUUAUCGUCAGUAUAUGAUGCUUUGUGAAAAAAAUUGUAGUUCUUAUAAUGAUGCUAAUUAUAAUCCAAAGUACACUAGAGAAUUCUUUAAAUUAGUUAAAAUGAGCCUCUGGAAAAAAAUUAACUUGAAAGUGGAUGUCAAUGGUGUUUUAAAAUAUGAAACUUCAUUAUUUGUUGAAGAUUAUCAAGACUCAACUGGUGCGUUUCGAACAAGAAGCAAUUUUUAUGAAACUGAAUUUUAUACAAAUCCAGAUCAAGUGGCAAAUAUUAAUCAAGCUAUAUAUCCAAUUGUACAGUAUUUAGAUUGUAAUACAGGGGAAGCAUAUUCUUUAACUGGCUAUUAUCCAUUUAAAUUGAAUGAAGCUUGUGUGUCACUUUUUACACCUUAUGGUUCAACACCACAAGGAACUGGUCAUUUUUUAACUUUCCUUUAUAUGUUUCCUGUAAAAAGUUAUUCUGUAUACCCUCGAGUCAAAAUUUAUGGAGAAGCUUAUUAUGCUAAUAAUGAAAAGUCUUACUUUGAGCAAACAUAUAAUGUUCAGCACAUAUCCAAACCAGUCAUUAUUUUAGACAGUAAUAUAGGAAUUUGUAAAGGUGAAUACCGUGAAAUUGUUCCUAUGAUAAAAAUUAACGGCAUAAAAUUUAAUGGCUGGGAUACACUUAAAUACUCCUGGAGUUGGAUUAAUGAAGAAACUUUUGAAGCAAAAGAGACAGUUAACUUAAUUCAAACUAGUGAUCUUACGAAUCAAAUGAUUUAUGUAUUCCAAGAAAAACUGGUUAUUAUUAAGGCUGAUAAUUGGCAUACUAAAACAUAUCUCUUUGAAGUUGACUCGGUUAUGGGUAAAACUAGUAAAAGGACAAAAAUAACAGUUUACAGCGAUUAUCCAAAGAUCACAUGGAUAACACCUUCGCCAACCAUUGUAAUCAAAGAUCUAAGUGAUAUUCUUGAAAUAAAAACAAAUACAGACAACUUUAUUAAAGAAAUAAAUUGGUACCUCAAUGGCACUGUAAUUGAAAACUCAAUAAUGUUUAGUUUUUUAGAUUAUCAAAAUAUGCCAUACCAAAGAAAACGACUAAUGUUAUCUAAUUUGGAUAAUAGAAAAAUGUCUGGUACUUAUAGUGUUGUAUUAGUUUCAGACUUUUGUUCAUUCAAAAACAUCAUUGAUGUUGUUGUUUAUGAAAAUCCAAUAGUUUCAGUAAAUAAGAAGUUUGUUUCAAUACUACCAAAAAGUUCAUUGGAACUGAAGGCAACUAUAAUUGGUGGAUAUCCUCCAAUUCAGCUUUCCCUGCUUUCGUGAUGUGAUCGGAAAUCGGAAAUCGUGAAGUGAUCGGAAACAUCGGUUUUUAUAAUUACCUUAUUGAGCGACUUGAAAAAUUGGUUGUUAAAGUGUUAUCAAUUAAUGAUGAUGAAUGACUUGUGAUUCGAGCGGCGAUGAAUUAAAGGUUUCGACGAUAGAACCGAAGCUGCCGGCCACAAGCUGUACGAUAUCAAAGCAAACCAAGAGUGAAGAAUAUUUACCGCAGUCUAUAUUGAGAACAUUACAAAUUUCAGAAUCUAAGGCUGCGGUACCCCACAUGUUCAAGCUGAUGUUUCUUGCGAUGCUGAAAGACAGUGAAUGAAGUCCAUAUAUUUAUAGAAGUAAAAAGAAACGACAGCAAAAUCUACGGAAAAUUUUUAAAAGAAAGUAAAGUUAUGAACAAUGAUAUUGUAAAACAAAUAAAGUUUGUAAGCUACCUAAAUGAUUUUAAAAAGUUUUUACGUUAGUGAUUUUUGGUAAAACCUUUUUACAAGAUUUUUCAGUGUAAACUUGAGAAUGAAACACUCGACAAUUUUUA